AUGGAGAGCAGUUUCUCGCUUGUGACAUUCUUCCUCCUGAUGUGCUCCACCGACAGCAGCUGUUCAUUUUCAUAUUCAGUGUUUAUGAGAAAAGACGAAGCACACGAGGUGCUGAAAGUCCAUAAACGUGCUAACUAUUUUCUAGAAGAGAUUCGUCCAGGGAACUUGGAGAGAGAAUGCAAUGAGGAAAAGUGUUCAUUUGAGGAGGCUAAGGAGAUCUUCCAUUCACAGGAGAAAACAAUGGAGUUUUGGUUCAAUUACAAAGGUUUAAAUCCAUGUAGUACAAAUCCCUGUAACAAUGGUGGAGUCUGCAAAAUAAGACACUACAAUUACUUUUGCAUCUGCCCCCCAAAAUUUGGAGGAGACAACUGCGAAAAAGAAAAGUUUGAAUGCUGGUAUAAGAACGGCGGGUGCUGGCAGUACUGCAGGGACAGCAGCAGCACCUUUCACGUGGUGUGUUCCUGCGCAAAGGAUUACACGCUGCACGAGGACGGGAAGAGAUGUGUGCAAGCAGGGGGAGCGCUGGGUUUGGAUUCUGUCCUGAAGAGAGCCCUCGGCAGACUGCUCCUGGAUGCCUGUGGCUCAGAAAAGAAAAGGCUCCCGAGGGGACUGCAUGAGCGUGAGGACACUGCGGCCAAGUGGAAUGAGAGCACGGAGGGCACGGUUAGGCAAACGGAGCUGGAACUAAGUGCUGUUGGGGAAAAUGAGACCUUAAAGGAUGCCUUUGGGCAGAGCAUGCGCACGGAGGGCGACGCUGGACAGACUGAGGAGGCAGGAGAUGCUUCCAGCUGGAAGGAGACAUGGGUGGACUCUGUUCCCCAGAAGCCGCUGGGGGGGGAUGCUGCUGGGCAGGAGGGGGGGGGGCCCGAGCAGGAUGAGGCGGUGGCACACACCGCCAGGCCUGGCAAACCCGGGAUAGGCCCAGCUCCGUGGGGCGAGGCAACGCAGGGCCCUGCGUGGCAGAGUGAGACCACAGCACCUGCUGCCCCGUGGGAAGAGAUGGUGGGAAAUGCUGCUGGGCAAAACCAAACAACAGGGGAGCGCGCCGGCGAGAACGAAACAGGGGCCGUUCAACCCCCGCGUGAUGGGCUUGAUCAGAGCAGUGACUGGGGAAAUGCUGCAGACAUGCCCCAGGUCCUCCAGAUGAACAUCAGCUCUACUUUGGAGCACGACUCCAGGAUAACAGGAGGCACUUUGUGUCAUCGUGGACAUUGCCCCUGGCAGGUUUUGAUCCGGAAUAGUAAAGACAUUGGUUUCUGUGGAGGGAGCUUAAUCAGCAGCCGCUGGGUGGUCACCGCUGCUCACUGCCUUGAUCUCGUCAGACCCCACCAUGUUACCGUAGGAGACUUUGACAAAUACCAAAGAGAACUGAAAGAACAGAAGAUUGAUGUGGAACGGAGCUGGACACAUCCACAUUAUGAUUCCAACGACUACAACGGUGACAUCGCCUUGUUGUACUUGAGCAGCGAUGUUAUUUUUAAUGAGUAUGCAAUUCCCAUCUGCCUUCCCAGCCCGACCCUUGCCACCCUGCUAUCUGAAGAAGGAAGAAUCGGGAUGGUAAGCGGAUGGGGUGCCACUCACGAGAGAGGUUCGACUCUGCGCUUCCUCAUGAAGGUCCGGCUGCCCAUCGUGAACAUGGAGACCUGUCAGCGGUCAACAGACCGACUCAUUACCGAUAACAUGUUCUGUGCAGGCUACAGCGCUGAAGCUGCGGACGCUUGCAAAGGGGACAGUGGUGGCCCUUUCACAGUGUCUUACCACAACACUUGGUUUCUCUUGGGGAUUGUAAGCUGGGGGGAGGGCUGUGCGGAAAAAGGAAAAUACGGUGUAUAUACCAGAGUAUCCAACUACAUCCCCUGGAUUAAAGAGAUUGUUGAAAGUGUGGCAGAUGCAAAAAACUUUUCCAUUAACUUUUCUUAA